AUGGCGAACAUAGGGCAUCUUAUGACUGGUGAGGAAGUCAUUGGGUAUAUCCUUGCUGGACUAGACCCAGGACAUGGGGAUUUGUUCACGGCGAUAACAAUGCUUGGAAAUCAAAGAGCGGUGACCUUACCAGAGUUCUACUCCUACCGGAUUGCUCAUGAAACUCAAGCCUCACCUGUGAAUAGUACCACCACAGAAUUCAUGUCAUUUACCAACAAUGUCGCAAGGCAAGAUUCCAAUGGGCAUCGUCGCAACUUCAACGGACAAAAUUCUCACAAUUCCAAGAAUAAUAAUUAUCGAAACAACAGUUUCAGAAACAAUGGUGGAGGUUGCGGUCGUAGAAGAGGCCGUGGAAGGUACAAUGAUGGUCCUCGAUGUCAGGUGUGCGGCAUCCCAUGUCAUGUUGCUCUAAACUGCAUAAAUCGCUUCAAUCAUGCCUAUCAAUUAGAAGAGAUUCAAUAUGGGAACAAUGUUACCACAGGAAACUACAACCAUGAUCCACAUAGGUACCUUGACUGUGGAACAACAGAUCACCUUACAAGUGAUCUUGACAGGAUGACUGUUUAG